AUGGCUGAACGAUCAUCAUCCUCUUCCUUCAGUUAUAAAUUCACCUAUGAUGUUUUCCUCAGUUUCAAAGGCUCUGAUACUCGCCUCGGUUUUACUGGGCAUCUUUGGAAAGCUCUUCAUGACAAGGGAAUCCACACCUUCAUUGAUGACCGGGAGCUUCAAAGAGGAGAUGAAAUAACAGCAUCACUUGUCAAGGCAAUUCAAGAGUCAAGGAUUGCCAUUCCUGUCUUCUCUAAGGAUUAUGCAUCUUCUUCUUUUUGUUUAGAUGAACUUGUCAACAUCAUUGAACGUGUUAAGGCAAAGGGUCGGUUGGUUUUGCCAAUUUUUUAUGACGUUGAUCCUUCCCACUUGCGACAUCAAAUGGGUAUUUAUGGAGAAGCAUUGGCUAAGCAUGAAGCAAGGUUCGCAAAUGAUGUAGAAAAUUUGAAUGAUAACAUGGAUAGGUUGCGCAAAUGGAAGAUGGCUCUCAACCAAGCAGCUAGUUUGUCUGGCCACCAUUUCAAACAUGGGCAUGAAUAUGAACAUGUAUUUAUUGGGAGGAUAGUGAAAGUGGUCUCCAACAAGAUUAAUCGUGCUCCUUUACAUGUAGCAGAUUAUCCUGUUGGAUUGGAGUCUCGAGUGCAAGAAGUAAAAUCACUUCUGGAAUUUGGAUCUGAUGGUGGAGUUCACAUGGUAGGAAUUUAUGGAAUUGGAGGAAUUGGAAAAACAACACUUGCUCGAGCGCUUUAUAAUUCCAUUGCUGAUCUUUUUGAAGGUCUAUGUUUUCUCGGUGAUGUGAGAGAAAAUUCAACUAAAGGUGGAUUAGUACAUCUCCAAGAAAUGUUUCUUUCUGAAACGGUUGGAGAAAAAGAUAUUAAGAUAGCAGAUGUCGGUAAAGGAAUUUCAAUGAUAAUCCAUAGGCUCCGGCAAAAAAAGGUUCUCUUAGUUCUUGAUGAUGUUGACAAACCAGAACAAUUGCGAGCAAUUAUUGGUAGGCCAAAUUGGUUUGGUUCUGGAAGCAGAGUCAUCAUAACAACUCGGGAUAAACAUUUGCUAACAAGGCAUGGGGUUGAGCGAAAAUAUGAGGUAGAUGAUUUAAAUGACAAAGAAGCACUUGAAUUACUUAGGUGGACUGCUUUUAAGGGUGGAAAUUUUAAUUCAAAUUACAUUGACAUCUUAAAUCAAACAAUAGCUUAUGCUUCUGGCCUUCCACUUGCUUUGGAAGUAAUAGGCUCCAACUUAUUUGGAAAGAGUGUAGAAGAAUGGAAAUAUGCAUUAGAUAGAUAUGAAAGGAUUCCUUAUAAAGAGAUGCAAAAUAUACUUAAAGUGAGCUUUGAUGCUUUGGAGGAAGAAGAGAAAAAUGUUUUUCUUGACAUUGCUUGCUGCUUCAAAUGGUAUCCAUUGGCAGAGGUUGAACAUUUACUUCAUGCACACCAUGGUGAUAGCAUGAAACAUCACAUUGAGUUGUUGGUUGAAAAGUCUCUCAUUAAAAUUAGUCCGUCUCAUGCUGUCAUGUUACAUAGCUUGAUAGAAGACAUGGGUAAAGAAAUUGUACGACAAGAAUCAUUAGAAGAGCCUGGAAAACGCAGUAGAUUAUGGUUCCCUAAAGAUAUUGUUCAAGUUUUACAAGACAAUACAGGAACUAAUAAAGUUGAAAUCAUAUAUCUAGAUUUUCCCUUAUUCGAAGAAGAAGCAAAUGUAAAAUGGGAUGGAGAAGCCUUCAAGAAGAUGGAAAAUCUUAAAACACUUAUAAUUAAAAGAGGUAGCUUUUGCGAAGGUCCUAGACAGUUUCCAAAUAGUUUAAGAGUACUAGAAUGGGUGAAAUACCCUUCAAAGUAUUUACCACAUGAUUUUCAACCUAAGAAACUAGUCAUAUGCAAGUUACCUAAUACAUGGAUUACAUCACUCGAGUUGGUUGGCUUAUUGAAGAAGGCAAGUAAAUUCAUGAAUAUCAGAGUUCUGGAUAUUAGCUUGUCUGAGUGUUUAACAGAUAUACCUGAUGUAUCUGGUCUCCCAAAUUUAGAAGAAUUUUCAUUUAGACGUUGUUAUAAUUUGAUUAAAGUCGAUGAUUCAAUUGGGUUCCUAGAUAAACUUAGAAUCCUGAAUGCUUCUAGUUGCAUCAAGCUCAUUAGUUUUCCACCCAUCAAGUUGACCUCCCUUGAAAGUCUUCAACUCUCAUAUUGCUUUAGUCUGCAGAGUUUUCCAGAAAUAUUAGGAAAAAUGGAAAAGAUAACAGAGCUUACAAUUUCUAAUGUUCCCUUGAAAGGGUUGCCAUUUUCGUUUCGAAAUCUUACUCGGCUUCAAAAAUUAAAUAUUAGUGACUGUGCAAUGUCAUUUUGCUUACCGAGUAGCAUUGUCAUGAUGCAAGAAUUAGCUGUGAUCACCGUGGAGAAUAUGUGGCUAUUGGCGAACCUGCAUGAGGGAGAAGAAAAAGUGAGCACAAUGGUGUCAUCAAACGCAGAUCAUCUUCAAAUGAUUAACUGCUAUGUGUCAGAUGAAUUUUUUUCUACAUGUCUAACAUGGUUUACUAAUGUGAAAACGUUAGAGCUGAUUGGGAUUCAUACUUUCACAUUUGUUCCUGAAAGCAUUAAAGAAUGUCGCUUUUUGAAAAGGCUUAAAUUGGAUGUUUGUAAUCAAGGUAGUUAAAAUCCCGAUUUGAAUCUUAAAAUCUUACGAUUUUACGAUUUUGGAAGUCUCACCGAUUUAAAUCGUGGAUAAAAUCCUAAUUGAGUAAAAUCCUUGUAAAAUUCCGAUUUGAAUCAUAAAAUCCCUCAAAUUGUGGGAUUUUACGAUUUCACUUCGAUUUUGAAAAUUUCUAGCGAAGUCUAUUUUGUUGAACCCUAUCGUACGCCUCUUUCAUAUAUCUCCUUUUUAUGGAAUCUAAUUUGCCUCUAGCAGCUUUAAACCCUAACAUUGUUGUCAACAUUCAACAGUCCUCCUAGUGCGUGCAACCUGGUCUGCAACUAAAUCUAUUGUUGUUGUUCUUGCAUCUUUUCUAUUCUGGUCUAUUUUUUAUUCAUGUAAAUGCAUUACAUUCUUAUGGAAUAAAUUAUGAUUUGUGAGUGCUACGUUGUUUAAAUACUUUUACUGAUUUGAAGCUUUUUUCCCUUAAUUUAUGAUAUUUUAUAUGAAUAAUAUGAAUUUAUAUCAUAUAUAUGAAUUUUAUAAAAUCUUACGAUUCAAUUUACGAUUUUACGAUUUACGAUUUUCACUCUCCUUUACGAUUUAAAGUAAAAUCCCGAUUUUAACUACCUUGUUUGUAAUCAUCUUGAAGAUAUUAGGGGGAUUCCACCAAACUUGUCAAGUUUCUGCGCAUUAGACUCUUUGUCCUUGACUUACUCGUCUAGAAGGAUGUUACGAAAUCAGGUUUUUCUUUUUAAUAUUUGAUUUGAUAACUGAUAUUUUGAUAGUGUACUUAAUGGUUCUGCUAAUAUGAAUUAUAUAUGGCAAACAGGAACUGCAUGAUGUUGGAAACACCUUCUUUUGCUUGCCUGGAGCAAGGAUUCCACAGUGGUUUGAGCAUCAAAGCAUGGCACCAUUAAUAUCUUUCUGGUUUCGUAACAAGUUUCCUGUGAUGGCUCUUUGUUUUGUAAUUGAACCAAUGGAUAUAGACCAUGAUAUAUUUAUACCCAUCGUGAUCGUCAAUGAAGAGAUAAUGAGUAUAGAGCAAUCACAUGAAAGUUGCUUUAACUUUGUCUGCCCAAGAUUUACUGAUCAUGUAGUUAUUUUGGGUACAAGAUACAUGAAUUUUGUAGACAAUCUGGAUGAAGUACUUUCAGAAAAUAACUGGAAUCAUGUGUUGGUUUCUAUUGGUAUGAAAUCUAAUCAUAUCCCAGCAGAAAUUUUUAUAAAGAAAACUGGAUACCAUGUAUUUGAACAAGAAAGUUGCAUGGAAGAUAUCAGAUUCACCAAUCCAGCGUUGAUGAAAGGAAAGCAUAGAUUGGUGGACAUGGAAGAUUCCCAUAGACAAUAUAUGCAGCACCAAACAAAUUGGGAUUCAGUGGCUUUGUUAGAACCACAUGUGGGGAAGGGCAGCGGGUGGCUAUCAAUUGUUCUACCUCCAGCAGUAAAAAAUAACGAGAAUUGGGAUUCAAAUUUGACAGUAUCGUCCCAGCAAACACAUUUGGCUCAAAUGGCUUUAUUGGAACAACAUCCACAGGGAAGAGAGUGGCUUUCAUUGCAUCCGCCUACAACAUUCAUUGAUGAUGUCCAAGGUAAGUUUGUUUAUGCUGAUUUUUUGACAAAACUUAUGUUCAAUUCUUUCGGUACUAUUUUUCAAUCAAAAUUAAAGCUUCAUUUCGGUAGAAGGUGACCUUCUAGUGCUGUCACAGUUUAAUGAGGUGAAAAUCUAAUUUUAAUUAGAAAUAGCAUUCUGUUAUAUAGGAACAUAUUUGAUAAAUAUUGAUAACUUUCAGAUAGAGUAUUAAAAAAGAAAAAUUCAUUUGAUAAUAAACUAUUGGUUGUAAGUCAUCUCUGGAAAUGAAUCAACAAUUCGAAAUGAAGCUUUAGCUUUUUGCUCAAAGUUCCUUCAAAUCCCAAAACCUCUGCUUUCCCUUGCCAUUCUUAUUUGUUAGCAGGGCGUGGAUAUUUGUGUUACCUUACAUGACCCUAUGAUUCAAUAAAUGAAGCUUGUGCUUUUCUUAGAAACAGAACCAAACCUUUAACCAAUUUGGAUGGCCCCUACUAGUUCCUUCAACUCUAGUUGAAUAACAUGUUUAGGAACACCUGAUCAAUUCUAGUCCUAAAAGGAUCAUAGAAAGUAUAAAAGACUUCUGAUUGACUCAUCUCAAACUCAAUCACAUAUAAAAUAUAGUUCAACACCUUCAAAUUUUCAAAUUCGGUUUUACUAUUUCAUUAGCACUAGAAUUCACUCUUUUUACACCUUUUGCUCAUUGCUGUUUUUGGUUCACGACCUUUUUUUCUGAGACUGUAGGAGCACAAAUAGAAAAUCAACAAGUAUAGGCUCAACAUAUGUCGAAAAUAUGCACAUCAAGAACUCACUAAUUUCAAGAAAUAUUGUAUAAUUUAAUAUGACUCUUCAUACCUAAAUCAAAACAUUCAAGAAGGAAAUGUUUUAAAACAAUCAAGCAGCUUUUCAUCAGAAAUAAUACUUCUCCUUCGUCGGAGACUUGUUGGCAUCAAAGCCAUGACCUAAACACAAAGGAUUCAAGAGACAUUUCCCAAAGGUCCCUACACUACCUAAUGCGUCCUUUGGCAAGGCUGAUGGGUACCUAAAUCCUUCAAGCAAAAAAGAGUAACAUUUACUGGAUAGUAACCUAAAUAACUGUUAUGACAUGCUAAAAAAGAAACAAGAAAAACUCAAAUGUUGAAACUUCCUCACGUUAGUUAUUUCACUGUUAUUUGCAUUUCAAAUUUGACAUCUCCAUUAUGUUCAGAACUCAUACUUGUUUCAUUUUAGUAUUAAUGAACCUUCCAAAAGAAGAGGAGGACAACUGGAAGUUAGAAGAACCUCCUAAGAAGAAGUCAAAAGUUUCAACCUCCACAAGUGCAGCAUCCAAUGAACUCACCAAACCAUCAACAUCAAAGGUAUCUUCCAAAACUUUCUUCUAAGUUACGAUAACUGAAUUUUCAUAUCCUGAAUUUCUUUUCAUUACAUCCCAGCACCAUAAAAUCAAUAAGAGCAAAAUUGUAAAAAUGUAGAAACUUUUGUUUACAUCAAUCCCUUUACACACAACAUUUUGAUUUGAUAUCUUAUUACAUUUCUAUUUAUCAGGGACAUGAUAUUGAAAAAAUUAUUGUCGAAGCUGUCCCUUCGGAUGAGGAUGGCCUAGUUAUCUAUAAGAGAAAAGCAGCAACUGAAGAACAGACUUCAAGCACCAAUCAGUCUGCUCCUAUGGAAGCUAAUAUUGCUCAUGGUUUGACUGCAGUUGCUGCAGAUAUAAUGGCUACAUCUCCUCAACAAAAUCUUCUAGAGACAACUCCAAGUUACAAUGAAAGAGAUGCUCAACAAGUGAAGGCUCUAUCUACCUACCUACCUCCUGAACCCAACCAAGUU